AUGCCUCGACUCCUAUCCUCUCGCGAUACAAUCCGCAACGAGCUCAUCGUCGUCUUCGGCGAGUUCUGCGGCACCUUUAUGUUCCUUCUCAUGGCUUUCAUUGGCACGCAGGCCGCCAUAGAGAACAACUCGCCCGGAAACCCGGAUGCUCCAUUAUUCCCCUUUUCACUCAUGUACAUUGCCGCUUCCUUUGGAACAGCAGUUGCGGUGAACGUUUGGGUAUUCUAUCGAAUUACGGGCGGCAUGUUCAACCCUGCUGUCACGCUCGGUCUUGUCCUUGUGGGCGCAGUCUCGCCCCUCCGUGGCCUCCUCAUCUUUCCAACCCAACUCGUCGCCGCCAUCGCCGCAGCAGCCGUGACCGACGCCCUCCUCCCGGGCCCUCUCCUCGUUGCCAACAAGCUUUCUUCAGGAACAAGCAUCUCCCGCGGCCUCUUCAUUGAAAUGUUCCUCACUGCACAGCUCGUCAUCACGGUAUACUUCCUCGCCGUGGAGAAGCAUCGGGCGACCUACUUGGCCCCUCUGGGCAUAGGUCUUGCCGUCUUCAUUGCGCACAUUUGCGGCACCAACUUUACAGGAACAUCUAUCAAUCCUGCGCGAUCGUUUGGACCGGCGGUGGUUACAGAUUUUACGGGAUAUCAAUGGAUCUACUGGCUGGGGCCGUUCUUAGGCUCAUUUCUUGCGUUCGUCGUGUAUACGAUCCUCAAAUGGAUGGAGUACCACACUGCCAAUCCAGGCCAGGACGAUGAUACUGCGGUCAAGAAGACGCCUGCUGGCCUUGCCGUAGCGACAAACGACCGCCAGUACCGGAAUGGAAGUGAGAGCGGCAAGAAUCGUUCGCCUUCCGAGCCGCGGGAUAGCGGAAUCGCACAUACUAGCUCGGCGCCUCAGGGUUUUGCGGCCGUAUAGGAGGCUGGAAACAUCAAGUGUGGGAAAGAAAAAGUAGGCCGGGCGAAACGCGCCCAAAGACGCCAAGGUGCUUGAAUGGAGAAUGGAUAAGUGUGGGCAUACAGAAUACAGACUGCAAUGUUUGCUUCGCCAAGGAACUCCGGCCACGAAAUUACGAAAAGUCUAUAUGUUCCCUAUAUGACCCCCUAAAUCUUUUAUUUAUGCAUGUAUCAGACUGUAAUACAU